CCCCGCGGGGCUGCUGGGCCUGGGACCACCUCCCCGGGAGGGCUGGAGAUGGGGGUGCUCACAGACAGAGGCACUUCCGACCCCAGUCUUCAGGGCUCCCGUGGGGGCUUUGCCGAUUUCCCGGAGCGGACGAUUGAGACCCAGAGGGAGAGCGUCGUGCUCGAGGCCACCUUGCUCCGGUCCUGCUUCUGAGCAGCUUACAGGCUUGGGGGUGACAGAGCUGGCCUGCUGAGGGAUGCCCAAGAAGUUCCAGGGCGAGAACACCAAGUCGGCAGCGGCCCGGGCACGGAGGGCUGAGGCCAAGGCAGCAGCUGAUGCCAAGAAGCAGAAGGAGCUGGAGGAUGCCUACUGGAAGGACGAGGACAAACACGUCAUGAGGAAGGAGCAGCGCAAGGAGGAGAAGGAGAAGCGGCGCCUGGAGCAGCUGGAGCGCAAGAAGGAGACGCAGCGGCUGCUGGAGGAGGAGGACUCAAAGCUCAAGGGCGGCAAGGGCCCCCGGGUGGCCGCGUCCAGCAAGGUCACCCGCGCCCAGAUUGAGGAGACGCUCCGCCGAGACCAUCAGCACAAGGAAGCCCCAGAACCAGCCGAGAAAGCCAAGAGCCACUUGGAGGUGCCGUUGGAGGAGAACGUGAACCGCCGCGUGCUUGAGGAGGGCAGCGUGGAGGCGCGCACCAUCGAGGAUGCCAUCGCAGUGCUCAGCGUGGCGGAGGAGGCGGCAGACAGACAUCCCGAGCGCCGAAUGCGGGCAGCCUUCACGGCCUUCGAGGAGGCGCAGCUGCCACGGCUCAAGCAAGAAAACCCCAACAUGCGGCUGUCCCAGCUGAAGCAGAUGCUCAAGAAGGAGUGGCUGCGUUCUCCGGACAACCCCAUGAACCAGCGAGCCGUGCCCUUCAACACCCCCAAGUGAGCCUGGAACUGGGGGAGCCGCCCCGCGGGCGGAGAAGGGUCGCGACCUCACACGCUCUCCCGCUGGGUCAGCUCCGAGAGUUACAGAGAUGUCUGGGGGCCACAGCGGGUGUUCUGGGGGCUAGGAGGCAUCACUGGCCACACCUCCCGCCAGAGGGUCCCUGAUCCGGUGACACCCCUGGCCCUUCCCGCGCGCCGAAGUCCUGGGGCUGAGUGCCUAAUAAAGGCGGUUGGUGAGGCACUGUGCG